AUGACCGAAGACAGCAAUGGCUUCUAUGCGCCCAAUAUGCGCGCCGUUCCUGCAGGAGAAUUCGUAAAGCCGAGCAGAAGAACUAACGGUGCUGGUGUACAGGCUGAGGACACGCGGAUAUGCGUCGUCAUGGUAGGACUGCCCGCUCGGGGUAAGAGUCUGAUCGCACAAAAAGUCGUGCGUUAUCUGCAUUGGCUAUCGAUCAAAUCAAAAACGUUCAAUGUCGGCCAGUAUCGCCGUACCGCGACUCCAAACCCCUCGGCCGAGUUUUUCGAUACCACGAAUCCUGAAGGAGAGCGGCUCCGAAGAGCCGCCGCUGAAGCCGCCGUGGAUGACAUGUGCAAGUGGUUCGCGGAGGGCUCAGGGCUGAUUGCGAUAUUGGAUGCAACGAACUCGACCAAAAGCCGACGGAGGUGGAUACAAGAGCGGUGCGAUGCUGAGAACAUCGAGACCUUGUUCGUGGAGUCGAAAUGCGAUGAUGAGGAUCUCAUCAUGAGCAACAUCUUGGAAGUCAAGACCACAUCACCAGAUUACGUGGGUCAGGAUCCAGAGGAAGCUGCCGCCGACUUUCGCAAUCGAAUUCGCAAUUACGAGAAAGUUUACGAGACAAUUGACGAGGACGAGCGCGAUCUCACUUACGUCAAGUUGAUAGAUGUUGGCAAGACCGUCAUCAUCAACCAGAUCCAAGACUACCUUCAGAGUAGAGUUGUCUACUACUUGAUGAACCUCCACAUCAAGCCGAGAUCGAUCUGGUUAUCACGGCACGGCGAGUCGGAAUACAAUCUUACAGGCCAAAUUGGAGGAGACGCAAACAUCUCCGAGCGCGGAGACGCCUACGCGCAUGCUCUUCCCGGUCUCGUUGCAAAGUCCGUCGGUGACAACCGCAAACUCACAGUCUGGACGUCGACUCUAAAGCGAACGAUCCAAACCGCACGGUUCCUCACUUUCGAGAAGCUAGAAUGGAAAGCACUCGACGAGCUCGACUCGGGUGUCUGUGACGGCCUGACCUACGCCCAAAUCGAAGAAAAGUACCCCGAAGACUUCGCAUCGCGUGAUGAAGACAAGUACAACUACCGCUACCUCGGCGGAGAAUCAUACCGCGACGUCGUCAUCCGUCUCGAGCCCAUCAUCAUGGAAUUGGAGCGCAGCGAAAAUAUUCUCAUCGUGACGCAUCAGGCUAUCCUGAGGUGCAUCUACGCGUACUUCAUGAACGUACCGCAGGAGCAAAGCCCAUGGAUGGAGGUUCCACUCCACACGCUCAUCAAGCUGACCCCGAAGGCCUACUCGACGCAGGAAGAGAGGUUGAAGGCAGAUAUUCCGGCAGUUAGCACAUGGAGGGGAAAGGGGAGCAAAGCUGAGCACCAGCAGUCGAACGGGGGGGCACAUUAG